ACAAGUUAUCGUGGCGUGCUAGCUGCUUCGAAAGGCAGCACUCUGCGGUGCGUCUUUGUCGGAAGCGGACGUUGUGAUGGCCGUACGACCGUUAGUACGAGUCGUUUGUCAACGAAAACAUCUCGAAUGAUUCCUUGUUAACCAUUCUUGAAAAUGACGAUAAUUCUCUUUCUAGUCGACACGAGUGCGUCGAUGAAUCAGCGUACAUAUUUGGGGACAUCUUUGAUUGACAUUUCGAAAGCUUCCGUAGAGUCUUUCAUGAAGAUCAGGUCUAGAGAUGCGAACAGCAGAUGGGAUAGAUACAUGCUGCUGACGUUAGAGGACCCGCCGUCUAAUAUAAAGGCGGGAUGGAAAGAAAGUCAUGCAACAUUUAUUAAUGAGCUGAAGAAUCUCACUGCCAUAGGUCUUUCAUCACUUGGCCCCUCUCUGAAGCAUGCCUUUGAUCUACUCAACAUCAACCGCAUGCAAAGCGGCAUUGAUACAUAUGGUCAGGGACGCUGUCCAUUUUACCUGGAGCCAGCGGUCAUCAUUGUGAUAACAGAUGGUGGUAAAUUGACCACCACAAAUGGGGUGCAGCCUGAGCUCAAUCUUCCAAUGCUGUCUACUGUUCCUGGGUCGGAGCUGACAAAAGAACCUUUCCGAUGGGACCAGCGUAUCUUUGGUUUGGUGCUAAAGAUUCCGGGAAGUGUUCCAAUGGACAUGACAGGAAAUAUGUACAUCCCCUCUGCAGACAGUCAUCCCCUAGAUGCGAUGUGUGAGGUUACAGGAGGACGGUCGUAUGCUGUGUUCACUCAGAAGAUGUUGAAUGCAACGCUAGACAGUCUAGUACAGAAGGUCCAGAGCGGGGUGGUUAUCAACUUUGAGAAAAUUGGACCUGAACCUACACCAGUACUUAUUGAAGGAAAAAUGGAAAAUGUUGACAACAAUGGAAACUCGAAAGAGAACCAGGAUGUCAACAAACCAAUACAACAGGAAAUGGAGGAUGACAAGAAGGCAGUCCUGCAGCAAAUCCAGCAACAGUUGCCAGGCAAUAACCAAUGGCAGAACUGUAGGAAGUUGAUUUAUGUCCCCAGGUCCGCACAAAAGGGUUACUCUGUGGGUCACUGGCCGAUUCCUGAGGCCUACUGGCCAGACAUUGGAAGUGCUACACUGCCUCCGCGGUCAGCCCAGCCUGUGUUGAAAUUCUGCUGUACUGACUGUGAACCAAUGGUGAUAGAAAACCUCCCGUUUGAUAAGUACGAGCUGGAACCUUCUCCACUGACCCAAUUUAUCCUUGAGCGCAGACUCCCAAACUCGUGUUGGCAGGUGUUCAUCAGUAAUAGUGCUAAGUACAGUGACACAGGACAUCCAUUUGGUUACCUUAAGGCCAGUAGUGCUCUCUCCUGUGUCAACCUCUUCAUCAUGCCAUACAACUACCCCGUACUGCUGCCUCUCCUUGAUGAACUGUUUAAAGUCCACAAGCUGAAGAUAUGCCCCAAAUGGCGACAGCAGUUUGAGGGGUAUAUUAAGACAAUGCCACCGUAUUAUGCAGGGCCUUUGCGACGUGCGUUGGCUCGGAUGGGAGCUCCCAACCUAGUGCCUGAUACCAUGGACAAUAACCUCAGCUACACAGUCAUUACCUACCUGAAAAAACUCAAAAACCAGGCCAAGGUAGAGAUGGACCGCUUAAUUGCCUCUGUUGGCCAGAAAGUUCCCCUCAAUGACGGAAUCAAGGUUGACUCGCGGACCAAGACUUCAAUUUUACAAAGAAAAGAUUUUAACCAAUUACUGCAAAAUGUUGGGGGAAAUAUUCAGAGCCUGAAACAAGAACUGACCGAUUUCAACACCUUCACUAUGGCUGUCUCUGACCCAGACAUCCUUCCCCAGUAUUACCGUAACCCAUACGACAUUCCACGUUCACAUUUACUUGACCAAAUCUCCCGUAUGAAAAUGAAUUUCUUACAGAAAUCAUACAGCAAUACAAAGCUAGUAGAUCAUGAUCAGAUGCAUAAUGUUCCUAUACAACAAAUGGGUAACUACCAAGAUUACCUUAAAAAGCAACCACCUUUACUCCGGGAGCUGGAAAACCAGCCAUCACGGGUGCACAUGUUUGGAAAUCCAUUUAAAGUCAAGAAUUUCAAUAUGGUGGAUGAGGCAGAUGAAGCUAAUUUUGGUCAGCAGCCGGUGAAAAAGCGACAUCAUGAAAGUCCAUCAGUUUCCCCAGGACCAAAGCGACGGAAAGCAGGGCCCUUACCCAGAGACCUUAAGUAUCGACGACCAAGUUCCCCGUCCCCAGGGACAACACCCCCCGCCUCCCCUGCACCCGCAUCCUCCGAUACAGAAGACAGUUCCAUGUCAGACACGGAGAGCAUGGAGACGGAAUCUGUUGCAAGCGAAGAUGAAAAUUUGUCGGAGGAGGAAUCUCCUCUAGUGAUAGCUGAAAAUAUUGAACAAGAAAAAGUGACCAAUCACGUGACUGAAAACAGUGUAAAUCAUUCAAAUGUGAAUUCUCAGAGUGUUCUAAAAAACAAUGUCUCGGAGGUGGAGAGUGUGCGUGAUCGUUCACAUGGACAUGAAAUCAGCAGCAAGAAGGAGGCACUAAUGUGGUCUCACAAUACACGACUACGUCACACACUGUUUAAGGAAAUCAAACGCCCGGGGCGCAAUUACGACACUUUAUUUAAUCAUCUGAACACUGUGCAAGGAACUCUGGACAUGAAAAGUGCAUUUGUGCGUGAUGUGAUACGGGAGGCGGGACGUUUUAAGAAAAAGGUGCUAAUCCAGAUGUUAGAACAGUAUAGUAAAUCCUUAAUCCAGUCAGAAAGCCGUAAACGGACUCACAUUUCUACCGGACAGUGGAAUUCUGGUAGAUAAUGUUAAAUGUAGACGGGGAACAAACUUAUCCCACGAUGGGUGCUCAUCAAAACCAUCCUACAACAAGUCACUACAACUCCAAUCCCUAGCCAGCUGGAUUUGACUACAGUAUUCAGCAUAAUUCUUAAUAUGGCCGGUCGCCAAAAUGUAAACGCUUAUAUGUUCAAAAUAAGCAUAGAUCUUGAGACAGUCCUAAUGAAAUAAAGCUAUUUUUUUUUUUUCAAGCCAACAAACUAGAAGUUUGUAUUGAACUGCCAACAUGGCUGAAUAUUUUAGCAUCUCUAUGGUUGAAGGUUGGCAGAUAGAGUGCGAUACUUUUAGGAGUCUGUCACCUUACCACCGAUCAUCCUGUAAAAUUGUAGUGAAUUUGUCCAGAUGUCAGUUUUGUUUACCGUCUACAUAGAAAAUGGUGAUGUCAUCCCACCAGAUGUGAACUCUAAGAGGAGGUUCCCCAAAGGAAGAAACAACUAGAAUUGAUCAAAGAUAUGUCGUCCCCUUAAGGUCGGCCUUUGCGUCUGUGAUAUUUCCUUCAUGUUCAUUUAUUUCUGUGUCAUCCAUAUGCAUUUCACUGAACACUGCAAUGUCAUUCAUUUCACUGUGGACUGUAGUGUCAUCCAUUUUGAUGUUUACAGUUGCGUUGUUAACGUAUGUGAGCGUUAAACCAUGUUUGAUGACUGUUCAAGCUGUGGACCUUUAUGUUCUUUAACGUGUAGUUGAUAAAAUGAGAUUGAAUAUACAUACUAAGAGAAUGUGUGUUUACUACAUUAAGACUAUACAGAGAAGAUUGAAUAUACAUACUAAGAGAAUGUGUGUUUACUACAUUAAGACUAUACAGAGAAGAUUAUUAAAAUGAAAAGCCUCGGACAGAGGAAAUUCUCAAGACAGUAAACCUAUUUAUUUUAGUGGUAGGCAUAUUUGAGCUCUGUUUCACAAUUACUCUAAAAACCUAAAUUAUGUUCACAAUUAAGUGACUGAAUUCCUGAAUGUUACAGGUUUUUGUGCUUCGUCAUAAUUUGUUUAACUUGUUAAUUGUAGUUAAAGAUUGGAAAUAUGAUUGACCUGGUAUACUGCUCCAAUUUCAGUGUGUAAUUGAUGUCAUGAAAAAUUCUUUCUUGUCUCAUCCCGACCCGAAGUUUUACUUUACAGUUAAGGAUCCCCGUACCACUGUUAAAAACAGUUACUUCACAUUUGAAGCUGUUUUUUUCAGGCACGAAUAUAGUUUUGACAAAUUGUUUCUAAAUAGAAAAUCACACCUUUAAGGACUUAAUGGGGAAAAAAAUACGAAAAAAAAGAUAUAAUUUACAAUAAUGUUCUCAGUUAGGCCAGACCAGGAUUCUAACUCGGGACCCCAGAUCGGCAUUGUGUCGCUCUGAAAAACAAAGCUACCUAGUCAGUGAAAGUGCCUUGGUCUAAAACAAAGUCAAUGGGAAGUUACUCUUUAUAUGAUAACUGCAGUUUGGCCUGUGAUGGGAUCAGGUUGCUAUACACCGGCCAUGUUUGUUUAUGUGGACAAAAUAAUCUUUUGGUUUUAAAAUUAAUACCAGGGUAUUUCUGGGUUAAAACCCCAGAACCUGCAAAUGUUAAUGAAUGCCUUGAAAGUCUUUCCCAAGGCUUGCCAGAAAACAACAUAAAAUCACUAGGUCCAUCCCUAUUCUAUAAACGAACAACGCUUGUCUAACUACAUAGAAUGGGAUAAAUAAAGGCAGCCCAUAUUGUUGCUUCAGAAAUACAAAAUGCCAUAUUUCUUUGUAAUACAAGUUUUCCUUUUAUCAUUGAUAUGCCUCAAAUUGAAAAUAAACAAAAAAUGGAUUGAAAAAUGAUUUUUUUUUAAAAUGCAUUGGAACAAAGAAUUACAAGAAAAUCUUGAUUGGAAUUUUGUCAUUGAAAUACAUCCCAAUAAUCCUUCAUUAACUUCGGUACAGAGUACAGUCGUUUGGCAUAGAGUAUUCUCCCUUGUAUAGUGUUUCUGGCAUUGAGACAGUUACUUCCCUUUGCAAGGUAUUCCUUUUCCAUUUUGAUGCUGUAAAGCAAUCACAUUUCCUAUAUACUGUAACAACUUCGGUUUAAUAUUUUACCGGUGAGAUCAGGAGUGGAAAGGUUAUGAAUUUUAGGCAUGCAAGUUGUUUUUCUAUCAUGUUUGUUGUAUGUUUGUUUCCAAAUACUCAAAUUUCAAGCAACUGCAAUACUUAACAAUAUGUGUUUCAUAUUUAAUACAUUUGAUGGAAAUGACUAAACCAAAUAUUUGUUCAUAGUGCAAAUGAUAAUAAUGUAGUUCAAAUUGAUGGUGCUUUUCCUUUUAUAGAAAAGUUAAGGAUGUAUGCUACCUUACAUUAUUUCAGUGUUAUUCGUGUUCUUACUGCUUGCUUUAACAGUUUAAUAAGCAAAAUAUAGAUAAAAAGGGAUACCCGCAGGGAUCAAUGCAGCAAGUACUUUGUCACAUUUGAAACUGUCACUUAUUGAUUUCAAGGUCAAGAUUUACAAAUCCUAUAAAAUAUGCAAAACUUUGUGUGCAUAUAUUUGUACGGUAGCAUAUAUCAUCCAAUGAAAUUUUAAAAACAGGUAACUAUUGAAAUGUAUGAAAAUUUGUAUAUUCUCAUAUUUAUGUAUUUUGGAAAAAUAUUCUCGAUAAAAAAGAAGGAUUUCAUGCUGACUGGUGAAUUUUUUGACGUAAAUUAUUUGCAUUGUAUUUUUCUUAAACAGAAACUGUCUAUCCUCUCUAGAUCUCUCUAUUGCUGCAGUUUCUUCAUGCCUCUUACAUUUAAGGAUGUUUUACAAUGGCCCACAGUAAGAAAGUUACAAUUUGUCUUUGUAUUUAUACCAAAUAAUCAAAUACUUACUGGUCAAUUUUUUAUGCCCCUGCAAUCCUAAAAAAUAACUUAACCCCCCCAUAAAAUAGGGGACAUGAGUGGGUUGUGUAGGUAGGUAUAUAGCAUAUAGCAAAUUCCUUCUUUGACAGAUUUUCAUCAAACUUAAUAAAAAUGUCAAAAGUAUGCAAAUACUUUGGAUGAGCUCUGUUUUAGGAUUUCCAAGGUCACCAUUGCUAUUUAUAGAAAAUCAUCAACCAAUUCAGUGUCAUCAGUGAACCAACUUUAUGUCCUGAUGGAUUUUGAUCAAAUUUUAUAUGAAUGUCAAGUAUUAUAAUACCUCUGACAUCUGUUUUAUCAACAUGAAGUAUGAUAUUACCUAGAAUUGGAUCAUAAUUCAGGGUGUCAAGAUCAAAGUCUUUGUAACUAUUUAUUCAACAUUAUCAAACUAAUUUUACAUGGCGCUGGGGCAUUCAUGUCUUACAGACAUUUUCUAGUCUUUUCACGAUUUCAUAAAAGUUUGAAAUUUUUCACACAAUCUAGUGCAGUAUUAGGUAAAAGUAUUUUUUUUUAAAAACUCAUUUUAUGUUUUGAAAGUAAAGUGAUACGAUUAAUUGUAAACUUUGAUGGGGAGUAUUUGAAAUUUUCAUCCAGGUUUGAAAAAAGAAAAGAAUCCACACUAAUUUUCCACGCAUUUGAUAUUAUUUUUUUCAAAAGUCCUUAUGCCUUCAAUUAACCUGUAUAAAUGUGUUUGAUAACAAUGAUAUAUUUCAAUACAAAUAUUUUGGAAAUUGGGAAGCAAGUGUCUGUUUGGGUGUGAACUGUUCAGACAGUACUGUACUGUUUUGUUGCUAUUUACUAGUAAGGGAGGCUGAUCUGACAUCAAAAUAUCUAGAGCACCACGCUCUCUCCCAACACUGGGGUUCCACACACAUGGCUCCCCACAUUAAGGAUAGUCAUACUUUUUUUAUUAUAGUAACGUGUUGGUUCCCGUAUUGGGUAGGAAACAUUCCUCAGAGGUGUUUGAAUUUAUAAAAAGACGUCCUAGAAAUUCUUUGGGUUACGAUCACUUCCGUUCUCUGCACUACAGGAAAAUGUCGCUCCGUUACCUUUAGUUACGCUGCUGCGCAAAUCUUUUUCUUGUAUCAUCCUCAAGGCAGAGCGUUCGUUUUGUCACGACAUCUCCCAGGGGUAUAAAGAGAGUAUGAGAGCGUAACCUUUAGAAGGUAUAAGAUGCUGAUAUGAAGGUUGUAAAAAUAAGGACAAGACGCAUGGACAGAGACCAAAUACUACUAGGAAUGAUAUAGCCACUAGUCCAUUAGGUAUUUGUCGAUGCGUCUCGUUCCUGUGAUAAAUUAGUACAUUGCUGACACUUACCAUUCUCAUCUUCAUACUCAUAUCGCUCAUAUUCUUAACAUUUGUAUCGUUUACAAAUCAACAAUUUUUCAUGUAUUAAAUUUGACUAAAAACCUGGUUUGUUA